AGAUGGCCGCAGGGGCGGACUGACCAUUUGGAAAUUCGGGCACUGCCUGAGGGCCUGGUGUCAGUAGGGGGCCCCAUGAGAUGCCCCUGGUACCUUUUUCAUAGGAUUUUUUGUGUUUGGGCAAAGACACAGGGGCUCCAUGAUCCGCUAUUGCCUUGGGGCCCCAUGACUUGUCAGUCCGCCCCUGGAUGGCCGCCGGGCUCAUUUGGGCAAGGAAACAGGGGCCUCAUGAUCCCCUAUUGAGGGCCCGGGGUCAGUAGGGGGCCUCAUAAGAUGCCCCU